UUAAAAUAAAUAGAUCUCCUCGACUGUGUCAAACCUGGCGAAAUAUUCUGCUCCAAAGUGGAGAAAUAAGAUCUAUGCCUACCAAACAACAGUGACCGGCUUCCUCGACUGUGUCAAACCUGGCGAAAUAUUUUUGUCAAACAGUCAAACCUCGGGAAGACAUUAAUUAAAGCAUGGAAGAAAAACAUUUUCAUUCAAUUCUGUAAAUCCCAUCAAUCUCUUCCUCCACCUAUAAUCUGUUCCUUCAGUUAAUUCCCAACCUAAUUUGUUCCAUGAAGAGAAAAGCAUUUUCGCUCUCUCCUUUUUCAUCAGCGGUUCAAAUAUCUGAAUGUGUUCCUUCAUCUUGUUCUAAAAAUCUGAAAAAGCCGAAGAUACUGGACGAGGUUAAUUCAAUGGCUGCAAAGGCAAGUGAUUCAAACUGGCCACCACUACUCGACGAGAAGAUGCUGGAGGUGUUCAUAGCUGCCCAUCUCAGAGCAAUGAGAUCAGGCCCCCAUCUAAACAGCCACAGUUUAGAGUUCUGGAACAAAGCUGAAACUGAGGUUAACCGCAUCAUCACAGAAAACUUUCCCCAGUUGCUUCCAAAAGAUGUUGAAUCUUUGCGGAAGAGACUGAAAUACUUAAGGUGCAACCCUAAGAGAGAGAGGGGAAGGUCACUUUGUCAGACUCAAAUGGAGGGGCGGUGGCUGCGGUGGUUACCCAGAGAAUGUGAGAUGUAUUGAUUUAUUUAUGAACUCUUUUUUUGAAGGAAGAUUUAUUUAUGAACUUAUUCCCUUAAUUUCUUCCUCUAUGAUUGUCAAAAAGAAAUAAAAAUAAUGUAAGUGAAAUAGAUGAUUUUAAUUGGUGUAAUGUAAGUGAAAUAAAAAUCAACUACUUAAGAAUUUAAAAAUGUAUAACCCUCCAAUUGUUAAAUAAAUAAUUUUUACAAUAGAUUAUAAUCUAUAGAUUGAAAGAUUUUUCAUUUCUUUUUUGAAGGAAGAAAGAUAUUAAAUUUAAUUUUUUAUUUCUUUUCAAAAUAAAUAAAGUCCAAAUAAAAAUUUGAUGGAAAUUAUUUUUCAUUUAAAUUUUUGUUUUCUUUUGGUUCUUGUAUUUUGACUAUUUUCUUCAUUUGCUUCCAAUGCACUCUUUGCGAUUCCCAAUGCACUCUUCGUGAUUCCCAAUGCUUAAACAAGUGGAAGCUCGGUGCCUCAGUUGCUUGCACCGGAGAAACAAACAUCCAUUUCUCUUUCCUCUGAGAACACGUUCUGUUUCUUCUCAAGCAAAUCGACCAGACCGAACCACACCACCACCGGUGAACUGCGACUGCGACCACUCUCCCUCCAUCCAUCAUCAGUUCACCAUCGCAUCCUCCUCCAUUUUCUGUUUCGAUUCAGCUAUCUUCAUCUCUCACAACAAACACUAAUUGUUGUAAUUUGUAAGGUAAUGUGAAAUUGAAUGUAAUUUCCUUCAAUUAAUUAUGAUUCUGAUAUGAUGAUUACAUGUUUUUUAUUGAUUGCCAUGAGUUUUCCAUCUUUAGUAACUUAGUUGAUUGCCACUGGUUUCCAAUUCCAUCCGUUGUUCUUUAAUUGAAAUUGAAAUUGAAUGUAAUUGCCAUGAGUUUAGUUG